AUGACCGAGCUCGCCCCCGCCGGCACGCGCUACUCGGUCAGCGUCCUCACGACGCACACGGUCGACUCGCACCCGUCGCUCCUCGUCGCGUUCGACUCGCACCGGUACCUGUUCAACGCGCCCGAGGGCUUUUCCCGCAUCGCGCUCCAGAACAAGGUCGGCCUGCGCAAGGUCGGCCACGUCUUCCUCGGCGACGUCGCCGAGAGCGCCGGCGGCCUGCCCGGGUUCGUCCUCACCUCGGUCGAGGCCGGCAACGACAGGAUCAAGGUGUACGGGCCCGAGGGCACCGACCACCUCCUCGCGAGCUGCAGGUUCUUCACUCGCAGGGACAAGCUCUCGCUCCAGGUCGCGCCGCCUUCGCCUCGCGCCGCCGAGUCGACCCCUUCCCUCCCUACGCCUCUCCAUGCCGACCCGAACCUCGUCGUCUACGCCUUCCCGCUCUCGCCGGCGACCGCUGCGCCCACCUCGCCGCCAGCGCCUGCACCAUCAGCGAGCGGCGCGCCGGCCGACGCGCCAGAUGUCGUCAUGACGCCCUCGGACGCCGGCAGCAGUACCCUCAAGCGCCGCCGCUCCUCGAGCUCGUCCACCUCGCCGCCGCCUCGGCCCAAGUCGCCGCCGCCGGGCUCGACCCCGUUCGACCCGUCGUCCGCCUCGUUCGUCCCCUCGCGCCUGCGCGGCGACGACGCCGCCCGGUGGCGCCACCUCGUCCUGCGCGACAUGUUCCGCGGCACGGCGUUCGAGCCUGCGCCCGUGCCGCCGCAGGCCCCCUCGUCGCCCUCGGGCCGCCGCAUCCCGACGCCGGCGUACCUCGCGCAGGCGCUCCCGCCGCUCGACCUGCCCAGCGGCGGCGGCGGCGAGCCCGACGCCGUCAGCUACCUCGUCGUCGGCCCGAGGCUGCGCGGCAGGUUCCUGCCCGACCGGGCGCGCGCGCUCGGCGUCAAGCCGGGCAAGGCGUUCAGCCGGCUCAUCGCGGGCGGGCGCGUGUGGGUCGCCGACAAGCCGGCUGUCGUGCCCGAGGGGCAGCAGGGCGCGGGAGGAGACGGGGUGGCGGGAGCGCAGGGCGAGAAGAAGAAGGAGUCGAAGAAGGAGCGGCAGGAGCGCAUGAAGCGCGAGAAGGCGGCGGAGCUCGCGGCCGAGGAGGCGGACGAGGGGGUCGGCGAGGGACGGUGGGUCGAGGCGGUCGAGUGCAUGGAGCCUGGGCAGGACGGCACGGCCUUCCUCGUCCUCAACCUUCCCUCGACGGCGCACCUCGCCAACCUCGCCUCGACCAUCGUGCCCUCGAUGCUCCAACCCGAGUCGCUCGGCCAGCAGAUCGCCUUCCGAGGCGUCUUCCUCUUCCUCGGCCCGGGCGUCCUCACCUCGGCCAUCCUGUCGCACUACCUCGACAACUUGCGCGCCGCCUUCCCCGACGUCGCCGUCCACGUCUCGGCGUCCGACUUCGUCGCCCAGGGCAAGAACGAGGUCACGUACGGCCCGGCGUCGCUCCUCAACCUCCGGCUGCGCCAACUCGACGAGCGCAUGUUCCAGCUCCCUCGAUACUCGUUCCUCCCGCCCGACGCACCUUCCCUUCCCUCUCUGCCCAACGGCGUCUCGCUCCUGAACCCGACGUCCCACUUCUCGUCGACGCUCGCACCCCUUCCUCCCGCCAAGUCGCCGUUCGGCUCGACCGGGCGCACGUUCGACUUUCUCGUGCCCUCGCCCGAGGCCGACGUCGAGGCGGCGCGGCUCAAGGGCCCCGAGAAGCCCGACGAGACGCAGCGGCGCGCCGCCGCUGCCUGGGCCGAAUACCUCGACAAGGCGCGAGCGGCCAAGGCCGUUGUCGCCGCCGAGACGACCGAGCGCGCGAGCCGUCCCGUCGACGCUGCCGUACCUGCCACGGAGGGCGAGCUCGGCGUCACGCCGCUCGGGACCGGCAGCGCCGUGCCGAGCAAGUACCGCAACGUGAGCGGGACGCUGCUGCACCUCCCGGGGGCGAGCUCGUCGAGCCCGGCCGAGCGCACGCAGUACAUCCUGCUCGACGCCGGCGAGGGCACGUGGGGCCAGAUCGCGAGACGGUUCGGCGAGGGCGACGCCGCGGCGCGCGAGGACGGCGCCGAGGACGUCCUGCGCGGGCUCAAGAUGGUCUUUCUCAGCCACCUCCACCAAGACCACCACGCCGGCGUCUCGACCAUCCUGCGUCACCGUGCCCAGCUCAACCCGCCGCCGACCGACCCGCUCACGAUUGUCGCGCCGCCAAACGCCCGUGUCUACCUUUUCGAGCAACAGCAACUCGUCGACCUCGGGCUCAACUACCGCGGCGCCGACAAAGGGCGCGAGGUGCGCUUUGUCGACAACUUCCUCGUCGAGCCGGGCAAGGCGCCGUCGGCGGGCAGCAAGAUGGACGUCGCGCUCGCCGACCUCAAGACGGUCGCGGGCUUGACCGAGGUGACGGCCGUGCCGGUCCUGCAUCGCUGUCGCGCAUGGGGCGCCGUCAUCACGCAUUCGUCCGGGUGGCGCGUCGUCUUCUCGGGCGACACGAUGCCGUGCGAGGCGCUCGUCACGGCGGGCCAGGGCGCGUCGCUCCUCGUGCACGAGGCGACGAUCGAGGACGACAUGCCCGAGGUGGCGCAGGCAAAGGGCCACAGCACGUUCGGCCAGGCCAUCGACGUCGCGACUCGCAUGCGCGCUCGUCACCUCCUCCUCACGCACUUCUCGGCGCGGUACCCCAAGCUCCCUCCCCUCUCGACCGCCUCGGCGAGCAGCGACCUGCCCCGGCCCGUCGUCGCGACCGCGUUCGACCUCAUGACGCUCCGCCUCGACGAGUUCUGGAAGGUCGAGCGGUACCGCGACGCGAUGGACGCGCUCCUGAGCUGGGACGAGGCCGACGACCGGGACGACGCGGACGAGCUGAGCGGCAAGGAGGCGCGGCUCGGGGGCAGCGCCGAGGGCGAGCCGAUGAGGGCAGGUCAGGGCGGCAAGAAGCAGGGUGGCAGGAAGCAGGGCAAGAAGGAGCAGCAGGGGCUCGUAGAAGCGUCGGCGCAAGCAUGAGCGGCGCCGCCGAAGAGGGCGCGCGCUCGUUCCCCUCUUUGCGCCUGUC